CACCGACCCAGUGGCCGCAAGGUUGCCAUCAGAAGAUCGCACCCUUCAAUCAUUCCAUGUUCUGCUUGCGGACACUGCGAGAACUAAAACUCCUCAAAUUCCUCAGUGAAGCAGGCGUAAGCGAGAAUAUCAUCUCAAUUUUGGACAUCAUCAAGCCUCCCUCUCUAGACGCUUUCAAAGAAGUCUAUCUGAUCCAGGAGCUGAUGGAAACAGAUAUGUACCGUGUUAUCCGAACGCAAGACCUCUCAGAUGACCACGCUCAAUAUUUCAUUUAUCAGGCCCUGCGCACACUCGAGACUCUACAUUCUGCUGAUGUCAUCCACCGUGAUCUCAAACCCUCAAAUCUCCUUCUAAACGCAAACUGUGAUCUCAAGGUCUGCAACUUUGAGCUGGCACGAUCCGUAAAGAAAGAUCGCCGAACCAUCAGGGACGGAAACCGGGUUUAUGACCGAAUAUGUCGCUACACUAAAGUUUUCCGGGAAAGCAUCUCGGCCAAAAUGCACCCCACAGACCAGACGUCAAUAGCUUUAGUAUAUUGCUUGAACGUCAACAUGAUCUCAGGGGCUCGGUACCACAAUCUUGGAUGUUCUCGGUACACCGACGCUGGACGAGUUUUACGCCAUUACCACACGCAGAUCGCGAGAUUAUAUCCGAGCUCUUCCUUUCCCCAAACACCGGCCAUUUGCGCAAAUCUUCCCCAAGCCAAUCCUUUGGCUGUAGACUUCCUGGCGAAGACUCUCACAUUUGAUCCCAAGAAACGCAUAACAGUUGAAGAGGUCUUGGCUCACCCAUAUCUUGAAGCAUAUCACGAUCCCGAUGACGAACCAGUUGCACCACCGCUCGACCCAGAGUUCUUCGAAUUCGACCUGAUCGUAUUCGGCGGUACACAAGGACGAUAUCAGCCGUGA